ACAAAAAUGCAAAGCAAUAGAACUUGUUCUGAUGGCAAUGAAAGCCAUAUAAAGACCAGCAAAUCAAGAUAGCAUUCCAGGAAAUCAUCAUGAUAAAUGUUACGACAGCCACAUUUAUGCUGUCCUUUUCAUCCAAUGUCACGGCAGCACCUGUUGGGGGUUAUAUCAUUUCCUGGAGGAUGGCUAUGGUCGCUCUUAUUACAGUCCCACUCUCAGCCAUCACCAUAAUUGGCAACAUCCUUGUCAUUGUUGCCUUCCAGGUCAACCCUCUCCUCAGGACUGUCAGUAACUACUUCCUGUUGAGCUUGGCUGUGGCUGACCUUAUCCUGGGCACCAUCUCGAUGAACCUCUACACCACUUACAUCUUGAUUGGACGCUGGACAUUAGGCAAUCUGGCUUGUGAUGUGUGGCUUGCUGUGGAUUAUGUAGCAAGCAAUGCGUCUGUCAUGAACCUGCUGGCCAUUAGCUUUGACCGUUACUUAUCCGUCACACGACCUUUGACCUAUCGGGUCAGCCGUACAACCAGAAGAGCAGCGCUGUUGAUCGGGUUGGCGUGGGGUAUAUCUUUCCUACUUUGGGCACCAGCCAUCUUGUUCUGGCAGCACAUAGUGGGUGAUAGGACAGUGCCUGAGGAUCAGUGUUCAGUCCAGUUCCUGUCUGAGCCUGUGAUCACAUUUGGGACAGCCAUAGCAGCUUUCUACUUGCCUGUCAGUGUGAUGGUGGGUCUUUACUGGCGGGUGUAUCAAGAGACAGAGAGACGUUCACGGCAACUAGCUGGGUUAAUAGCAUCCCAUGGGGGUGACUCAAACAAGUCAUCACAGUCCCAGUCCAGUAACAGCUAUGUAAGCGAUGUUGAAGAAACCAGGCUUCAGAUAACCAUACAGCCAACGACAGAGAAGAGCACUAGGACCCUGUGUUCCUCCUUUACUCAGUGCACAGCAGCAUGGUGGAAGAAGAGUAGAUUACGUUACUCUGGAGCUCCAUCACGCACUGUUAACAGCCACAAACAAACUGGCACAGACUGCUUUCUCAGCAAUGAGGAUAUUCAGAAAAAUUCUGCAUAUAUUCCACUUGCUCAGGUCAACAAGAGAAUGGACUUAUUGAAUGAUUCUGAUGUUGAUUCGGAUGAUAUCCAAAUGGUGAACUGCCAAUCAGACAGUCAACAGUCUCUCAGACAAUAUCCCACUGUAACUACAGCAGCAUCACCUCUUCCACAGUCAGUGACGCAGAAAAGCCGCAAGCCACGCAGCUGGUCCCUGAUCAGAGAGAAGAAAGCAGCACGAACCUUGUGUGCCAUUCUACUGGCCUUCAUCGUGACAUGGACACCCUACAACAUCAUGGUGCUGGUGUCCACAUUCUGUGAUCACUGUGUUCCUGAGGGACUCUGGCAGUUGGGGUACUGGCUUUGCUAUGUCAACAGCACAGUGAACCCAGUUUGCUAUGCAUUCUGCAACAAGCACUUUCAAGUAACCUUCAAGGCUCUGUUACUCUGCAGGUGGAAAGAGCAGAGAAAGGGAAAAAGAUGGACCCUUUCACAGGAGAGCUAAUUAACUCACUGGAGGCUGUGGGUUCUUGUCAUUUUUUUUUUAAAUUCUAUGCUUCCUUUCCCUGUAUCCUCAAAGUCUUUUUUGGCAGUUAUUGAGACUUGUUGCAUCACUCUGCUUUUCAGACUUACAUAGUGUAAUUAACAGCUACUCAGUCAAAACAUUAUUUCAUAUAUACAUUGCAUUUUUAAAUGUUGUUCAAACCUACAAGAUUCCAUACCACCGACUUACCUAUAACCAGGACAUAUCAACAUUCAUGCAGAUUUUACCCAGUUUUUCCGUUGUUAUUAUUUUGCAUAGACUUGUAUAUACAUUAAGAUGUAACUGAUAGCCCCACUUGAAGAUUCCUCUGUAAAGAUACCAUAAAGCUAGAAAUGACCUAAACAAUGAACUAUUAGCUUUAGUUUCUGACUGCUGAUGCCAGCUAAUGUUCAAGGAGAGGUUGGAUUAUUAAAAACAAGGUUUCAUGUUACAAUUAAAUGAUAGUAAACAAAGACAUUCUCUUUUUCACUGCUAUAUUGGAUCAAACAUUCCAUGUUGCUGUGCAAGUGUGUUACAUG